CGAAAAUAAACAUUACUGAGUGUGCUAACUUAACAUUUCUGUUUGAUAGGCCUACUGUCCGUUAGCCACGUUAGCAUAUUAGCAUGCAAGCAAAGAUUUUGACAGAGUGCCAUGUACCUCUCAAAAUUGCUUAGACAUUAGUAGCCACUAUUAAAAUUAAUCCAUAAAUUGCAUUUUUUUUUAAAGCGGCUUUAAAGUGACUUAUAGUGUGAAAAAUGCAGUUUUAUUGCAAUAUUUAUGAUUGCUUAGGAGGUUAAAAAGUCACUUGAACGCAUUUUCGAUUCAUUCCUGUGCGUAAAUGGGCUUAAAAAAAAUAAAUAAAAUAAAAUAAAAAAAACUAUCUUAGUUGUGGAAGAAGAGGCAGAGUCGCCUUCAGGAGCAUCUCGGGAUCUGGAGGCGCGCCAGCCCCCGCCCUGUGAAAUCAGCAUCUCAGCGCACCGACUUGACAAGUGCGCCUCCCCCCUCCGAACGCUGUUUGACAUCGUUAUAGGCUUCGCCCGUGGCAGUUUCUUUUUUAAAAGGCGUGCGCAAAGCCGCAGAUUAAACAGUCCGCUCUCGGGAAACCUGCGCACAGGCAGCCUCUUGCUUUCCCACCUCUGGGUGCGAGCGCGCGGCAGUAGCAGCAGAGCAUCCGAAGGAGGAUAAAGGGGGAGAAGGGAAUUUAAAAUAAAUAAAAAAAGGAGGAGAAGAAGAAGGAGAAGGAGCGCACAGUUUGGAUCAUUUCUGAUUAUUUUUUUUUUGGAGACUUUUUGGAAGCGCACGGAUUUGACGCGCCGGAUGCGGUGAAACUGCGCGCGCAAGGCACCUGUGGAUGCAGCAGAACACCCUGAUGUUCGGACUCUAACCUUUUCACAAGUUAAAUAUCUCAUACAUUUUUUUGGAUAAAAGUGCCAUGCAGCUGUGCAUCUCCCUCCUCCUGCUGCUCCCGCUCCUGCGCGCCCCCGGCGGCGCCUCCUCCUUCGUGCCGUGCGAGCAGUGCGACGCCAGAGCCGUCUCCAAGUGCCCGCCGCCUCCCCAGGGCUGCCAGCUGGUGCGGGAGCCCGGCUGCGGCUGCUGCCUGACGUGCGCGCUCGAGGAGGGCCAGGCGUGCGGCGUGUACACGCGGCCGUGCAUGCAGGGGCUCCGGUGCCUCCCCAAAAACGGCGAGGAGAAGCCGCUGCACGCGCUCCUGCACGGCCGCGGCACGUGCAUGAACGAGAAGCUCUACAAGCUGCUGCAGAUGCAUCAGUCAAAAGAGUCGGUGCAAACCAAGGUGCCAUUAAUUGGAGACAUCGGCAUUCGGAAAUCCCAGGCCGUGAAGCACGCCAUAGACCGCAAGGGACAAUCAUCCAGGAAAGGACUCGCCACUAACCGUAGCCCCUCGUCCCCUCGCCCGGAGAAACUGGAGCCUGAAUUUGGGCCCUGCAGAAGACGACUAGACAGCCUCCUUCGUAGCAUGAAGGACACCUCUCGAGUCUUGGCUCUCUCCCUGUACGUCCCCAACUGCGACAAGAAAGGCUACUUCAAGCGCAAACAGUGCAAACCAUCUCGCGGUCGGAAAAGGGGAAUCUGCUGGUGCGUGGACCCAUUGGGUGUUAGAAUCCCAAGCAUCAGCAACGGCGGCGGAGAACUGCAAUGCAGAGAAAUCGACAACAACAGCAACGAAUGAAAGCCACUUGGUUUUUGAGUUCCAAUUUAUCCUGCCAAUCAAGCUCGCACACUUUGACUUGACAAUCAGGACAGCAGGGCAACGUUGUGUAAUGGAUUGCCUUUUUUUUUUUUUUUUUUUACGGGGCCAAACUGAAGCAGUUGCUUAAAUGGAAUCUGCACACUUAUGUCCAAACUGUGGCUCCACCCUAACUGUGUACUCUGAGGUUAGCUAGGACCUUGUCUCUUUGUAUUUUAUGAAAUUAGAUGUGAGUGUAUUACUUAAAUUUACUCAAGAAAAAAUUAAGACAAUACAUUUAUAAAUGUGGCUAAUUAUAAAUGGUUUUCUGUUUGUUGCAGUUAAUUCGUUGAUUUCUAAUUUGGGAGUACAUACGGUUUUUGCAUUAUCUAUAAGGUGUUAUUUUUUUGUUUAGCUUCUUAAGGAAAUCUUAGCUCCUCGUAUCGGCCAUCAGGCUCAAAUCAUUUCCUAUUUCUUAGUGAGAUAUAUUUUUUUAAAUGCCACUAAAGUUUAAGUUCUUACAUGGAAAAAGUUCCUCAAUACUCAUUUUUCCCCACAGGCAGCUGACGUUCUAACCUCUUAAGACCCAAGCUAAUAUUUGAGCUAACUUGCUACACAUGGCAUCAGUUAAGCAGAAUUAACCACUGUGGUAAUAUAACCCAAAAUAUGAUGUCCACGUAUGUGGGUGCCAGGUCUCAAGAGGCUAAUCCUUAUUUUCACAAGCUUUUUUUUCGUUACAGUAAAGGUGGUCAAGUUAACACUAGAGAAGAUCAAAGGAAAUAAGACUACGAUCAAUUAAACAAGCUAACGGUAAUUUGCGGUACUUGGGGUCAUUUUAACAUGCUAACGUUUUAGACAUUUUUUAUUUUUUUAUGUCAAAUUUUAACCUUAUUAUAUAAAAAAAAAGUUACAUUAGAUGUCGUCAGGUAAAUUACAAGAAAAGAUCAUAGGAAAUAGAACCAUAUUCAUGUUUAACAAGCUAACAGUACUUUCAAGUAAUUUGAGUCAUUUUAGCAUGAUAAUGUUUGGUACUUAAAAUAUGUAACCACAUAAUUUAAAAUAAACAAGUUACAGCAGAUGUGGUCAAAUCUAUUGCGCAAAAAGAUCUUAUGAAAUAGAACUGUUAAACAAAGGUAACGGUAAUUUCAGGUAUUUGGAGUAAUUUAAAUAGCCAAUGCUAGUCCUUUAUAUAUAUAUAUAUAUAUAUAUAUAUAUAUAUUUAUUUAAUGUCAAAUUUAAAGACAAACUUUUAAAAGAAACAAGUUACAGUUGAGGUGGUCAAGUACAUUUCCAGAAAAGAUCAAAGGAAAUACAACCAUAUUAAAAAAAAACAAGCUAACGGUAAUUUCAGGCCUUUGUAGUUAUUUUACCAUGCUAAUGUUUAAUUCAUUUUAAUCAUUUUAAUGACAAAAUUAAAAAAUAAUAUUUGAAAAAGUAACACGUUAUGGUAGACAUGGUCAAUCAAUUGCAAGAAAAGAUCUAAGGAAGUAAAACAAUAACCAAUUAAACAGGCUAAGAACAUUUCUGGUACUUAGGGUCAUUUUAACAUGCUAAUAUGUUAAGUCUUUUUUGAUAAAUUUUUAAAUAUACAUUUUUUUUUAAUUAUUUAAAAAGAAAACUAGGGAUGGUCAGAUAAAUAUAAGGGAAAAAAAAUCAAUGGAAAUGGGACCAUAAUCAUGUUAACGGCUAACAGUAGCUAACAGUAGUUAUUUGGUUUUUCAACAUACUAAUUUUAAAUUCAUUGUUCGAUUGUUUCUCAAUGUCAUACUUCAAAAAGGCAACUUUUUUGUUGCUAUACAGCAUAAGUUUUACUAUUUAAACCUCCUUAGUUGGUAAUAUGAAGUAUAAGCUAACAAAUGGUUAGCUUAGCAAAGCAAAGACUGGCAGCAAGAGUUAGCAAGAGUUGUUGCCUAACAGUCUUUUAAACAUGUGUGUUAGUGCACACUAAUUGUAUAAUUUCUUCUGUUUAUUCUGUAUAAACUACAUAUAUUUUGUUUAAACUCUACAAAGACAAUAUUUUCUAAUUGGAACUUGUAAUUUCUUAGCUAGUAGCCUGACGCUAAUUAGAGAAAUUUCAAUCUUUGGCUAAUUAGACGCUACAAGUGAAACCUCCAUAACAGUUUAGCUUACUUUUCUAACACUGUCAGCUGAGCUUUAUCUGCCUUCGCUUGUCUAAUUUAGGGUUUGUAAGUCAAGCGAGACAAACUUGAAUCAAUCGAGCCCUGUAGGCUUUGGCACCUUAAGGUUUGAGUCUUUUUAUGCACUUUUCUUUGAUCUUAUUUUACUUUUAACAGUUGUUUUUGAAAACCAACAUAAACUUUGAGCAAACUGGUCCGCCUUUCUGUUUGUAAAUGUGUAUGUGCAUACUGUGGGAUCCAGACUACGCCUAUAGGUGCAUAUAGUUGUCAACUUCAAAAACUCACAACCAUGGUGCCAUGCGUUUCCCCUCACAGCUCGCACACAAAUUGUAUGCAAAGGCCCCGCGCUGUUUAUUUUUCCAUGUGGAGGGUCCUCACCACUACCACACAGGCAAAUAUGUAGGGCGAUGCUGUCUUGCUCGCAGGGUUCAUUGGGUUCUUUAUCUCCACGUAGAGCAAGGUCGCUUAGUUUUUAUGUAAAUUCAAGUGCCUUGUGCCCCACGCCACUUUGAAUUUUGGUUUGCAUGUGGACCCAUUGUGUUGCCGAAUGAGCAAAACAGAAAGGAAAUCAGUUUUUUAAUGUGCGGAUGCGGUCUGGUUACAAAGGUUAUCAUGAUCUUCCAGUCAAAUGCUGCUAAAGACGAAGUUAUGACAUGAUCAAAAGUUUGACUUUUGUUUUAAGAUCCUGUUUUAAGAACAUCCAAAUUCCCAGAUAAUUCCUCUGACAGUGGCAAAUCCGCCUAAAUGCUUUUAACAGACUUACUUGUACCGCUCUAUAUGACUAAAGAUAAAACACAGUGACACUUGAUCACUCCAGAAUAUCAUUUUAAAUGUGAACACGAUUGUAAAAUAUUUAUCUGCCGUGUAACUGAUGUACUCUUCUUCUUUUUUUUUUUUUGUAAAGCAAACUAUUUAAAUAAAGUUGCUGUACUCUCAAGGAUGCAAGACAGCAGUUUUUGAGUGACUGUUUAAGUGUUGACUCAGUGUUUUGUGGAUGCAAAAAACAUGAAACUACCACAGAUUUUAUGCAGGUGGUUUCCAUCUGCGGUCAAAUGCAUGUUAUGGUACUUCCAAUAGGGGGCACUACAGUUUUUUCAAAUAAAAACACAUGCAAAAGCUGAACAUAUUUUGGUUUUAUUCAUAAUAUCUCUUGGUGAUGAACAUUUCCCACUUCCAACAUGAACUAUCUUCAGUGUAUUACAGUCAGAUGUACUCAAAGGCUUUUACAAUCUAAAGCAUGGA